UAUCAUAUACUACUUGUUAGUUGGUUAGACGGUGGGAUGGUGGCAAGUGGACAACGCGUAUAUAUUACAGUGGUAGUAGACUUAGGAGUACACCAUCAUAAUUCAUAGAACACUUCUAUAAUUUACAACUCAGAAUUUUGUAGUAGUAUUUAGCAGGCUUUGAUCAACUCAAAGAUGGGGGGAGGCAAUGCUCAGAAAUCUAAGAUGGCUCGCGAAAAAGCACUGGAGAAGAACAAGGCUUCUAAAGGAAGCCAACUAGAUACCAAUAAAAAAGCCAUGAAUAUUCAGUGCAAGGUAUGUAUGCAGACAUUCAUGUGCACGACUUCAGAGGUGAAAUGUCGAGAGCAUGCCGAAGCAAAGCAUCCAAAACAGGACGUUGAUGCAUGUUUUCCGCACCUCAAGAAAUGAUCCGUUCUGUUCUAAUGGUUAAAUGGAUGAUAAUUUAAGUUGAUGGGUUGUUGCCUGUUGGUUCAUCUUAAUUAUGCCGAAAGGAUGUGUGAUGUAUAACAAUUUGUAGCAGUCUUAAAGCUCUUCCAAAUACAUUUGUCUUUGAGAUGGGCAUCAUUUAAUGUUUUACUUUGUGCUUAAUGUGGCAAUGCAAUAGAAGUGUAUACCAGUUAUUCUAUCA